GCGGCUCCAGAUUCGCGUCGCGGAUCGAGGCCAGGAAGAGGCGCAGCGACUGCCAGCGCUCGGGCGCGGGCGGCGCGUAGGGCUAGCAUCAGACAGUCUGAAUCGGCUUUGCGCAAGGGCCUGCGUGUCGUUGGUUUGCCGGGAGAGAAUAUCAUCGGAGGGGGUACAAAGGAGAUGUGGGCUCGGGCGUCGCGCAAUUUAAGCGGUUGGUAUGUCGAAGGUGGCGUAGAUAUAAGGUCGGCCAGCACCAAGCGUAGGCGAGAUGGAGAAAGCAAAGUCCAGCCCAAGCGCGGAUCUAGAAUCACGCUCCCAAGCCACAACGCGCGCGCGGAUUGCCAUUCGGGAUAAGAGAUUCAUCCAUUCACCAAGAAUGAUGCGAGAGAUAGC